AGUGGGAGAACUUGCACAAUUAGUGGUUGACUAAAUACUUAUUUGCCCCACUGUAUUUUAUAAGCUUUUCAGUGUGAUGAAAUAAAAAAUAAUAAAACAUGUUUAAAAAAAAGUUUAAAAAAUGCCAUCAUAUACAUUACAGUUACACAGCGUAAGAAGAAAUCACAUAACGGCAGGCGAUGGAGAUGCGACGGAAUUUAGUGUGCAAAAUCUACAAUAUAUUAUCGGUUUAAAGUGCCUAUGACAUUCAAAUGCAUGUUUAUUUUAUAUUUCAUGUAAUAUUUUAUGCUAUAAGUAUUUUAUGCAUAAAAAAAACGGACUUCCGGCUCCUGUCUCGCAUUGAGGAUGAAUGCCAAUGUGACGUCACCUGGGUCAGCAUCUCACAAUACAGCAUUGCUUUAUAGCAUGCAGAUGGACCGCGGACUCAGCUGUUUUUUUUUUUUUUAUUUUCACAUCACGCCAGCCAAAUGUGCUGCAGGGUUUUGUUGCUGCACCAAGGAGAGGUGUGUGAGCUUUUUUGAGUUUCAAAAGGUUCCCGUUCACCCCGAGAUUGGCCAAAACAAGUCCGACAACUGUGGGACCAUUGGACUUACGAGGAAGUCAGUAAACAUUGUGUUUUGUAAUAUGUCAAAUACUGUACUGGGAUCAUGGGACACAUUUUAAUGCGGAGGUGGCUUGCAUUUUGUGGCUGACAAUGCUCCUUGUCCACUGACAAUGCCACUUGGCCGACGGCGGCAGCUUGUCGCACACCCCCCUCGGUCCUCUUCGCUUGACCGCCGGAAGAGCACUACACUCGGCUUAUUGCCCUCUUCAUGUGCCCGGUGUUCUGUCAAAUUUUGGACUCAGUCCGAAAUUGCAACUUUGUGUUAAAAAUGGCGGUGGAUACAAUGAUUACAAAGUAAACGCUACAAACUUUCUUUAAAUGAAUAAAGGAAAAUUUGCUCACGUUUGAUGAUGAACGGACACGUAGAAAAGUUCUCCUCAGACACAUCCUGCCAUGUUAGCUGCACACAACAACUGCACACAGCUCUUUCACUGUCUUCGCUGUGUAGUUAAGCAUUAAUUUACGCCAUAUUCGUGUUGAACAUGUAUGCCUACAAUGUUGCUUGUAAUUUUGGCUAAGACGUUUUUGUCUUAUUCUACCCUUAUACUCUCAAAAAAUGUGUUGCUUCAAAAAAUAUAUAUUUUCAAAAAGAAAAAUUACUUCAGUCAAAAAAAAGAAAGAAAAAUUCCAAUCAUGGAAAACAUUUUUGAAUGCGACAAAAUAUUUGAGAUUGAAAAAUUUGCAUUUGAACACUUUCAAUUUUUCAUUGAAAAAGUUUUUUUUGAUUGAAGCAAUCCUUUUUGUGUUUGGGCCAUAUUAUGGGUAGGACAUUUGUGUCUAAAUCAUUAAAUCCCCAAAAAAGUUGCUUCAAUCAAAAAAAAAUUAAAUCAAAGAAAAAAAUCAUUUGAAAAAUAAAAUUGCCCUCCCCUAAUUUUUUUUUUUUUGAUUAUAUGCAAAGCACAUGACCGUCGAAGGUGCGAUUCACAUGAUCUGUCCCCAAAAAAAUUUUGACGCCAUUAUAAAAAAAUAUAUAUAUUAGGGCUGUCCCAAACGACUAAUUUUCUCCCGAUUAGUCAGCCGACUAUUUUUACGAUUAGUCGACUAAUCUUAUAAUUUUUUUGAAUUUUUUUGAAUUUUUUUUUUUUACUAAUUUAGCAAUGAAAUUUUUUUUUAUGCUUGUCAAUUCACAACAACAUUUUGGAACACUUAAAUUCUUGAUUAAAGUACAAAUAAACAAAUAAAUAACAAUUAUAAAUCACAACUAAACAAUGAGUUCAAAUGCUGAUAGAAUUAACUUGUGCAAAAGAAUGGAAUGUAAACAGAUUCAGAACACUGACUUCACCUUUCCAAAAUGAUUCAAAACAAUUCUUAAAAAAAUACCUAGCAUUAAUAUUAUAGUUUACUGUAGUACUAUAUAUAAUAGUAUUAUAAUUAUUCAUUGCCAAUCAGAAUUUUCAUAAAGGGUGUCAUUUUAAAGGUAUUCUUAGUGUAGAAUCUGAAGUAUGUGAGAUUAACGCCAGAAAUCGUUAUUUACGUAUAUGACGAACAUUACAAGCUUUUAUUUUGAAAUGUUCACCGGAAGUAAGUUCGCUAAACCGCUAAUUUAAGCUUUACACUCCGCAAAAAAGCACUUUUUGUCAUUGCAUGUGUUGUCAGGAAUAGAUUUUUUUUCCUUUUGCAAAUGCUGUUAACCAGCGAUUUUUCAUGUUUGAAGUGUCACCUUUUAACUGCAAGUUUUGGAGAAGGCUGCCUGUUUUAUAGCCGGCUAAAGUAGGUCGUCUUUUUUCCCCAUUCACCUCAAAGUAGCAAUGCUAACAUAUAUAGUGUUUAAAAUAGAUGUGUUUUCCUAUUUUGUAUGUCUGAACUUUAAUUCUACAGCGUGUUGAUGAGAGAAAACCAUCAGCACGCAUGCACAAAUGUACGCACGCACACACGCGCGCGCAGCGAUAAAACGCAACCAUGAAAAUGACCGCCCUCAUUUUUAUUUACCACGCGAUAAACGGACUUAUUGCAUAUCGCGACAGGCUUAGCAACUUCAAUAAAACAUCAUUAGUUAGUUAGACGGACUUACAAUGUCCUGUCGUUAUCAUUCACGGCCGACGUGCAGCCAAGCUUGGCAUUGAAGAGACAGGACACAACAGUGUACCCUCCUUUGUUUCUUUAAAAAUAAGUCAAUGUUUUGGACUCUAGUGCGCUUUUUUGGCUUUGUGCCGCUUUCCCCGCUUGCAUACCAAGCGUGCGACAUUCUGAACUUUCCACGCAUAUAUUUUUUUAACCCUUCAUUAGCCGUCGACGGGAUGUUGUGCUCGUCGACAGAUUUACGUCAUCGAUGACGUCGACCAUGUCGACUAGUCGGGACAGCUCUAAUAUAUAUAUUUUUGUUCAUUUUAUUCAUUUUUGUUGCAGUUUUAUUGCUUUAUAACUUUUACAUAUAUAAGUCAAUUUCACGCAAUGACACUUUUCGGCCACCAGGGGGGCCUGCCCCCCCCCCUCAAAAUCCGCUUAUGGGCUGAGGGUGCCAAUGCUUUUGUCCUGCCCAUUUUUGGAGUUUUGUGUAAAAUGAUAAUGAUUUGUGUUUUUAAUUGCAAGCAAAAUAAACUAAGAGAUUACUACCAAAGCAUAUGUACAGUGGGGCAAAUAAGUAUUGAGUCAACCACUAAUUGUGCAAGUUCUCCCACUUGAAAAUAUUACAGAGGCCUGUAAUUGUCAACAUGGGUAAACCUCAACCAUGAGAGGCAGAAUGUGGGAAAAACAAAAAGAAAAUCACAAUGUUUGAUUUUUAAAGAAUUUAUUUGCAAAUCAUGGUGGAAAAUAAGUAUUUGGUCAAUACCAAAAGUUCAUCUCAAUUAGUGCUGAAACAAUUAUUCGAUUAACUCGAGUAUUCGAUUAGAAAAAACAUUCAAAUUAAAUUUUGCUGCUUCGAGCAUUCGUUUAAUUAAAGUGGCGUUGUAAUGGUUUGUUUUCAAAGUGUUUGCAUUUAGUUUUAUUGAUCUGGCUGGAUACACUGCCCUCUAGUGCGCCUCAUUUCACAUGGCUGAAUCCAGCUGCUCCCUGUUAAGACCAACAAAAGCUAAGUUUUUGUUUGAGCUAAUGUUUUUUUAAUGCAUUUGUAAUUUAGUUUAAAGGUAUAAUUAGCCGUUUUUUGUGAGAAUAUGUGUUUGAACUAUUUGUUAAGAGCAUUGUAAAAAAAAAAAUGUUGGCAUUUCAUAGCAUUUAAGAUAGCGGACUUUUGCUAUGUAAGUUAGCCAAUUGUUCUUUUGUUGUGCAUAUAUCCUUAUUUAUUUUUUUCUUACUGUUUGAGGCUCAGGUCAGGUAUUUUUUUAAUGUUCCUUAUCCGAUUACUCGAUUAUUCGAACUAAGUAGAUAAUCGAUUAAUCGACUACUAAAAUAAUCAAUAGCUGCAGCCUUAAUCUCAAUACUUUGUUAUGAACCCUUUGUUGGCAAUAACGGAGGCCAAACCUUUUCUGUAACUCUUCACAAGCAUUUCACACACUGUUGCUGGUAUUUUGGCCCAUUCCUCCAUGCAGAUCUCCUCUAGAGCAGUGAUGUUUUGGGGCUGUCGUUGGGCAACACGGACUUUCAACUCCCUCCACAGAUUUUCUACGUGGUUGAGAUCUGGAGACUGGCUAGGCCACUCCAGGACCUUGAAAUGCUUCUUACGAAGCCACUCCUUUGUUGCCCUGGCUGUGUGUUUGGGAUCAUUGUCAUGCUGAAAGACCCAGCCACAUUUCAUCUUCAAGGCCCUUGCUGACGGAAGGAGAUUUUCACUCAAAAUCUCAAGAUAAAUGGCCCCAUUCAUUCUUUCCUUUACACAGAUCAGUCGUCCUGGUCCCUUUGCAGAAAAACAGCCCCAAAGAAUGAUGUCUCCACCACUAUGCUUCACAGUGGGUAUGGUGUUCUUCGGAUGCAAUUCAGUAUUCUUCUCCCCCAAACACAAGAACCUGUGUUUCUACCAAAAAGUUCUGUUUUGGUUUCAUCUGACCAUAACACAUUCUCCCAAUCCUCUUCUGGAUCAUCCAAAUGCUCUCUAGCGAACCGCAGAAGCGCCUGGAUGAGUACUUGCUUCAGCAGGGGGACACGUCUGGCAGUGCAGGAUUUGAGAACCUGGCGGCGUAUUGUGUUACUGAUAGUAGCCUUUGUUACUGUGGUGCCAGCUAUCUGUAGGUCAUUCACUAGGUCCCCCCGUGUGGUUCUGGGAUUUUUGCUCACCGUUCUUGUAUCAUUUUGAUGCCACGGGGUGAGAUCUUGCAUGGAGCCCCAGAUUGAGGGAGAUUAGAAGUGGUCUUGUAUGUCUUCCAUUUUCUAAUAAUUGCUCCCACAGUUGAUUUCUUUACACCAAGCGUUUUACCUAUUGCAGAUUCAGUCGUCCCAGCUUGGUGCAGGUCUACCAAUUUUGUCUCUGAAAUGAUUUGUGUUUUUCAUUGCAAGCAAAAUAAACAAAGAUAUUACCAUCAAAGCAUUUGUAAUUGCAAUCAUUUUCUGGGUGAAAUUGAGCAUUUUUUGACAGAAUUGCAGGGGUGCCAAUACUUUUGGCCAGCACUGUAAGACUUCAAAUUCAAGUUCAGCCUGACAAGUCGGCGUUCCGCCUUCUGGGGAGUUGGAGGUAACAAAGGGAAGCUACGGAACACCUCCUCAACCUGGCGACCAAUCGCAAGCCAUCAUCAGCCUGAUCACUAACUGUAGAUGUCUUCUUUAUCUUUAUCUACAAGCAUCCUCAGCAGCACUUGACUCGUGUCUUGUCACGAUGGAACGGAACGGAACAGGGGUGCUGAGUCUUGAUGGCUUCAUAGACGUAGACAACUACAGAUAUGUUUACUUUGUGUUUUUUGUGGCAAUGUAUGUUGUCAUUGUAUGCUCUAAUUGUAUCAUUAUUUAUGUCAUCAGGAUUCACCGGAACCUUCAUGAACCAAUGUACAUUUUCAUUGCAGCUUUGUCUCUCAACUCUCUUUUAUUCAGCACGACUAUCUACCCUAAACUCAUUGUGGAUGUCUUGUCUCAUCAGCAGAGCGUUUCUUACUCCGUGUGUUUGUUACAGGUUUAUGUUUUCUACAGUGUGGCUGCUGCUGAUUUAAUGUUGUUGUCAGGAAUGGCUUACGAUAGAUACGUGUCCAUCUGUAAGCCACUGCAGUACGUAUCUCUGAUGGGUAAAACCCGUGUCUGCAUUUUCCUGGGUUUGGCCUGGUUUCUGCCUGCCUGUCAUGUGUCGGUGUCAGUGAUUAUUCGGUCCAAACAAAAACUUUGUAGUUUCUCUUCAGGGGGGAUUUUUUGCAAUAGUGCAAUUGCUAAGAUUCACUGCUCGACGCCGACGUCUCUGAUUGUGUUGGGUUUUAUUGUUAUCAUAAACAUGGCUGUCAUACCUGUGCUGUUUAUCCUCUUCACUUAUAUAAAAAUAUUCGCUGUGGCAUUUGGUAGCCACGGAGAAACUCGGACAAAAGCCAUCGAUACGUGUUUACCCCACUUGAUUGUUUUAAUCCUCUUCUCCUGUUUGAUUGUCUUUGAUGUCAUUAUAGGGAUUUUGGAGACGGAGCUUCCCAAAAUUUUGCGACUGAUCAUAAGUCUGCAAAUAUUAGUGUGGAGUCCGUUGUUCAAUCCGAUUAUAUACGGUUUAAAGAUGAAAGAAAUCUCAAAACACAUCAAGAAAUUCAAUUCGUGUUGCAAUCAUGUUGAAAUGAUCAAAAAAUAGCCAGGCUGUGUUUCAAUUUAUUGAACAUGACGGCGAAUUCUCAUGUUUCAAUGCCAUUGACAGCGAGAAGUUCAAACGGAUCGGACGUCUAUCGCUGUCAGUGGUAGUGAAUUAUUAGUUAAAUCCACAAAACAGACUGCACUGCAGCUGUCCUCUCGUCUUUGUCCGUCUCAAGUGUCCUUCCAACUAGCGGAACCUGUAUUUCAAUAAUGGGUAAUCUGUUUAAGUACAAACGUGCACGUGCAAUCAUGUGAGGAUGUUAUUUUAACACAGUAUCUACCUGUAAUCUUGUUGGUCAUCGGACACUCCAUUAGGUACACCUGCAAACUCUAAUAGAAUGGUUAGAAAUAUUUGACAAAAAUAAAAGUGUGUGUAAUGGUGGUGUGUUAAUCGAUUAUUUUGACUGUAAUGAUGCAUUAUUAUACUUUAAUCACUUGUCUCAACAUGCCAGAACACGGUUGUAAAUGAUAUAUACUGUAUAUCUGCAUUCACAAGUGUUCAAAAUAUGUAGAUAUUUGAACACAUUUUUUUUUUUUUUUAAAAGCACAGUUCUUCAACACUUUGAAAAUAAAAUUGUAACUAAUAAACUAUGAAACCGUAUUAAUGCAAUCAUUUGUCAUGAUUUUUCAUUACUCUAAAAAUGUUGUCAUGUAUAUGUGCUUGUAUUUUAUAAGCUUUUCAGUGUGAUGAAAUAAAAAUAUUAAAACAUGUUUUAAAGAAGUUUCAAAAAUCUCAUAAUAUACAUCAUUACAGUUUAUUCCCAAUCUACUUAGAUUUGAUGUAUAGCUCAUUUGUGUGAGCUCUAUAAGGGGCUUUAUGGAUAAUCCUUAUUGCCUUCUUCUGAACUUCAAGUGCAUCAGAUUCAAAAUAAUACAUGGAGUGGAGGUGGACCUUUAAUAGGUUGACUAACAGGUCUUUCAGGGUCAGAAUUCUAGCUGAUAGACAGGUGCUCAAAUACUUAUUUGCAGCUGUAUCACACAAAUAAGUUAUUAAAAAAUCAUGCAUUGUGAUUUCUGGAUUUUUCUAUUGAGAUUAUGUCUUUCGCAGUGGACAUGCACCUACGAUGAAAAUUUCAGACACCACCUGGAUUUCUAAUGGGGCGGACAUGAUAAAUAGCAGGGUGUUCGAAUACUUAUUUUCUUCAGUGUAUGUGUUAUUUAGAGAAGAUUUAAUAAAAUCUUGUGCUUUGUGCUUCACAAAAGAUAUUGGCCAAUCAUCUUGAAAAAAAAAAAAUAAUCAGAGGAUGUUAAAUUCGAUUUUGGCGUCACUAAAUCUCCAGUCCUCCGACCUUAAAGUGUUAAUAUUUUGGAGAUUUCGCUCGAAAAUUUCAUCAUGGCUCCAUCGCCUGCCGUUAUGGGAUUUCUUACCACACAACCAGCUGUGCAUGCGGUGAAAAUAUGUCAACAAAGAUCCUCCUAAAGCAGGGGUCCCCAAACUUUUUCCUGUGAGGGCCACAUAACCCUUCUCUUCUCUGAUGAGGGGCCGGGGUCAGUUUGUAACAGAAAAAGUGUGACGAUUGCAGGAGUGCCUAAAUGUAAAAAUGUAUUGUUUUUCAGAAAGCCACAAUCAAAUAACCCUUUCUGGAUUCUUCACGGAACCAAAGUAAAUAAAAUAAAAAUGAUAUCAUAUAAUAUAGUAUAAUAUAAUAUAAUAUAAUUAGGGCUGUCAAACGAUUACAAUUUUUAAACGAGUUAAUCACAGCUUAAAAAUUAAUGGUAAUUAAUCGCAAUUCAAACAUCUCUAAAAUAUGCCUUAUUUUUCUGUAAAUUAUUGUUGGAAUGGAAAGAUAAGACACAAGACGGAUAUAUGCAUUCAACAUACUGUACAUAAGUACUGUAUUUGUUUAUUAUAACAAUAAAUCAACAAGAUGGCAUUAGCAUUAAUAUUCUGUCAAAGCAAUCCCUGGAUAGAAAGACUUGUAGUUCUUAAAAGAUAGAUUUUAGUACAAAUUAUAGAAAUUUUAUAUUAAAACCCCUCUUAAUGUUUUCGUUUUAAUAAAAUUGGUAAAAUUUUCAAUCAAAAAAAUUAACUAGUAGCUCACCAUUGUUGAUGUCAAGAAUUACACAAUGCUCAUGGUGCAUAAAAUCAGUCGCACCCAAGCGCCAGCAGAGGGAGACAAAAAACACAACAAGUGGACAUGACACUGCUGUCAUUUUAAUCUGUUUGAGCGGGGCAUAUGCGUUAAUUGCGUCAAAUAUUUUAACGUGAUUAAUGAAAAAAAUUAAUUACCGCCCGUUAACGCGAUAACUUUGACUGCCCUUAAUAUAUCAUAUCAUAUCAUAUAAUCAGGGGUGCACAUAAUUUUUUUGCCCAGGUUCUCAGAGGAGGACCUGGAGAUGUGACUUGGUCCUCAUUGAGCUUGAGAGCCGACCCACCUGAUGCAAUAAAUUUAUGACAAGCUUUACUUAGAGCCAAUUAACUUUGAGUAAUUAUAUUAACAGUUAAUGCUUGAUUAACAUCAACUGGCACAACAAAAUUGCCAUUACUUUGAAGUGAAAUGUAAAGAAAUAAACAUAAAAGCACCAAUUCAAAAUAAAGGGCAUUAUGCGGCUCCCACAUUAACUCCAAGCCUUUUUAAAAGUGGGAUGUCCUCCUCAUAAGACCUCAUUGAACGUGCAUGUUUAGCUUUGUAAAAUGCGAGCAAAAACACGUUUGUCAGUGCAUGUCGCUGUUCAUUACCUUUAUUCCGCCCUAUUCCGCCACAUGUCCAUAGGGCGAGUAAGGUCCUGUUUGACAUUGAUAGUUUGCUUAAUUGCCACAUGCUCUCUGUUUUUUUCGUGCUUUUCAAAGUUUGGAUGGCUGAAAUUCUUUGACCCUACAUAAAAUGCGUUGCUCUAAUCGGCGACAUUGGGAUUCUCACGGCACAUUUUGUACCGCAUUUCCGUGCGAGCAUCAUUCGCUUCUAGCCAUGGUACCUCCUGUAGCCACUUUUCAGCAAAAGUCCUUUUUUUCGGUAGCUCCGGUGACGUCUCUGUCGUCUGUCUGUCUUUUGACGGGGGUGGGGGAACACGGAAGUAAUUACUCAGUGUGGCCUGCCUCAUCGACAUUUUGAGAAGUUAUUUUCUCGUGUCCGCCGCAAAUAGAGUGGUCAGCCAUCGGUACGCAAAAGCGUAUGGAAGCCGUUGAGGGCCAGCGCGUUUGUCUACGUCCAGUACGCAUGUGCGGACCACUUAUGUGCACCCCUAAAUAUAAUAUAAUAUAAUAUCAUGUAAUAUAAUAUAAUAUAAUAAUACUGUAUUAAUUAAAUAGAUAAUAACCAAAUAACCAUUGCUCAGUUCUUCACAGAAAAAAGCCAGGACAUAAAUAACUCUAUUGGGGGGGAAAAAAAAAAACCUUUUUUUUUUUUUUUUUUUUUUUUAAACAUUUUUUUUGUUGUUGUUGUUCAGGGGGCCGGACCAAAUGUGGCUGCGGGCCGUAGUUUGGGGACCCCUGUCCUAAAGGAACCAUACUGUCAAAAUCACAAAAAGGAAGGAGUGUGUGUGUAUGUGUGUCAAGGACAAACACUAGCGAGCGGCAUUGUGAGAACAAUGAACUUAAGAGAAGCUCAACAGGAUUUACUGUACAGCCACAAUAUAAGGCACACUUGCAGUUUGCAAUGAAAGAAUAAAGAGAUUUUGAUUUGCGAUGUCUGUAAGAAGUGUAGCAUUGUAAUGUCAAUCAUUCACAAACAGUGCCCUCCAUAAUUAUUGGCACCCCUGGUUAAGAUGUGUUUUUUAGCUUCUAAUAUAUAUAUAUUUUUAAUUCAAAUAAUAUGGGACCUUAAUGGAAAAAAAGAGAAAAAUCCAACCUUCAAUACAGGUGCAUUUACCAUAAUUUCUGGACUAUAAGACGCACCUGACUAUAAGCCGCCAUAUUUGACAUGAAAACGGCAUUUGUUCAUAGAUAAGCCGCACUGGACUAUAAGCCGCAGUUGUCCUCAUUGUAUUAUGGGAUAUUUACACCAAAAGAUAUUAACUGGUAACACUUCAUUUGACAAUGGCACCAUAAGACUGUCAUGAGACCAAAUGAACCACCAUUAAGCUUUGAACCAAUUGGCUGCAAAGCCUUACAGUCACUAAAAGUAGGGUGACCAAACGUCCUCUUUUGCCCGGACAAGUCCUACUUUCACGCAGUAUCCUCGUUGUCCGGGCGGGUUUUAUAAAUUCAUAAAAAUGUCCGGUUUUUAUGAUUUUUUUUUUACGGGACCAACUUGAAGAGAAUUCCUCCGGCCGCUAGGGGGCAGCGCUUGCCUGCGUUGACGUUGCUCCUACUAGCAGGAGCGGGAGAAGGAGUAGAUCUUCCUCUUCUUUUUUGUUGGCAGUUCACCCUUUGUUUCAUGGGGAAUUACCACCA